GAACGCGAGCACAGGUGGUGGGAGAAGCCAAAGUCGCGGCAGAAACCGAAGUCCCAUGACGGCGGCGGCGGCGGCAGUGAGCCGAAGCUUCCGCCCGCCUUCCGCGCUCCGUGUCCCCCCAACCUGGCCAUGCGCCGUACGCGCGCCCUCAAAACCCGCCUCCGUGUCACCCCGCAUAUAUACAGCACGGCAGCUAGCGCCUAGCCGAGAGCGAGAAGUGUGAUCGAUCGCCAUGCGCGCGUGCGGCGGCGGCGGCGCGUGGGAGCACUACUCCUCCUCCGGCCGCAGCCUCCUCGGCGCGGCGCUGGCGCCGCCAGUGGAGGCCCCGUCGUUCCAGGCGCAGCGCGCGCACCUGGAGCGGGCGCUCGGGGCGGCCACGACCGUGCUCUUCCUCGCCAGCGUGUCCUACGUCGCGCUCACCACCGUCUUCGGCUGCCUCUGCGCCGGCGGCGGGUCCCGGCGGCGCGACCGCGAGCAGCCCGCGGCCGCCGCGGAGGAGACCAAGCGCGCGCUCGAGAAGAUCCCCGUGGUGGUGGUGGCGGUGCCGGCGCGGGACCCUGGACGCGGCGGCGGAGGCGACGACGGGGGCGAUGAGCCAGAAAGGGAGGAGUGCGCGGUGUGCCUGGCGGAGUACGCGGGCGGGGAGGAGGUGCGCGUGCUGCCCGCCUGCCGCCACGGGUUCCACCGGGAGUGCGUGGACCGGUGGCUGCUCACGCGCGCGCCCACCUGCCCCGUGUGCCGCGCCACUGUCGCCGCCCGCGCCGAGGGGAACGACGCCAAGGCCUGCGCGAGGGCCGGCGGCGCCGCGCUUCCUGCCGCUGGACCCUAGAACAUGGCAACGCCGUGCUUCCUAUGGCGUGCUGUAGGAAUCUGUAAUGGUAUUCGGCUCAGCGGCUCAGCCUUGCUGUCAAGAACGCCACGGCAUUCGUUGUAGGCAAAAGGAGAGAACAACAGCGAUUCGAUCACUGAGAUGGCAUGUUAGAUCAAAGUGUUUUUGUUGAGAAGUAUCCGAUCUUUCCCGUC